CAGGCCAUAUGACUGAGUCAAGCUCAGUUUUUAGUUUGUAGCUGAGUUGAGAUAAGGUUUUCUGAGAAACACAGUCUGGUUGGACGGCAUUCCAUUUAGCAAUACCCAUGUGUGCAAGGCAGCUGGGACUGUUUUAACACCAUAAGAGAUUGAAGUCUGCUUUGUAAGAUGUCCCAGAUGGCUAUGUCUACCCAGCGGUCUUCUGUGUUUACGUUUGAGUCUACGGUGCAUUCCUCCCAUGUGCUGCGCUGCCUGAACGAACAGCGCUGCCUGGACUCAUUGUGUGAUGUUACAGUGGUGGUGGAGAGUCAGAGUUUCAGAGCCCACUGCUCGGUGCUUGCUUCCUGUAGUGAGUACUUCGCUCAAAGGAUCUCUUCCCUCAGCCAACAAGGAGGGGUUAUCACUCUGCCACAAGAGGUGACAGUUGCUGGAUUUGAGCCCUUGCUGAAGUUUGCCUACACAUCCAAACUCCACUUUGGAAAAAACAAUGUCUUAGAUAUACAAAAUUCCGCCUCUGUUCUUGGUUUCAGAGACCUAGAUGAGGCAUGUUUUGAUUUCCUCCUCCCAAAGUUCUUUUCAAGUAACAGCAGUUGUCCCCCUUUUAUGAGAAAAUCCUGUUGUAAAAAAAAAUGCAAGGGGCAAUUAUCAAAGGAAACCUGUGGCACAGAAUCUGAAAGUGUGUUGUUGGAUUACAAAGAAGUAAAACCAGUUACUGACUCAUCAUCUCAGCAGGAAGUGACUUGGGACUGUAACAAAUCAGUGAACAGCAAAAUGGGAAUUCAGAACUCCACAGACACUGUUGCACCUGUGGCUGAAGAGAUGAAUGAUCUUUUCAUGCAGUGUCCAAAAUAUCGCAAGUUCCAGCUAGCUUGUGGGAAGGACGCGUGUGUCCCUCAGAAAAGCCUGACUAGUCAAGUAACACCAGGGAUCAGGGAUGACUGCAUUCAUCCCUGCUUGCCAUGCUCAAGCAACACUGAAACGCUGUUUGACUUUCCUAAAAAUUCAACCUCCAAAACAGACAAAGGAAGUAAAGGAGCAACUGAAGAGCCACGGGAAACUGAAAUACAUGAAAUGAAAACAGAAAAUUGUGGAAAUGCAUGGGGCGUUAACAUGGCUAACAAGGACACAUUUGAAAGAGAAGGAAAAUGGCAUGAUGAGGUAAUGGAGAGCAACAUUAUUAAGCUGGAGGAAACGAUGGCGAACACCUCUGGAAUUGGAUCUUCAGAAGUAAACAUUACCAAGACAGGUCAUCUGAGGUCACCAGAGUUAAUACUGCAUCACUGCCCUCCAAAAGCCUCAGACAAGGACUCUGCAAUCACUAGGUCACUGGGGCAUGAGAUGUUUGACAAUGACAGUAACAAAAAGAAGGAAGCAAGGGAGACUGAUGAACUAGAGCCAGGCUCCACUCAUCAAAACACUCAGGUAGAAGCUGGGAGAAAAGGGUUAGAUAAUGCCUGUGUAGAAGGAGGAAAAGGAGGACAAACAGGCAACAUGGAAAGAAUGGCCAUUGUAACAGAAAAGACCAGAAUAAGAAGUAGCAUGGAGAAUGAAGUUUCUGAACACCUCCCCAGUCAGCUUGGGUCAGAUAAAAGCACGUCUCAGAUAAACUUCCAGAACCCAGAAGCAGGAUGUUCCACCGAUACUGGGGGCAGAUGGACCCAGAACCCGUCUUCAGAGUGGCCGAAGCUAAAUAACAGCCUCAGCUCCACAAGAAGUACAUGUCCCUUUCUCCAGGAUCUGGAACAAAUAAAAUGUCAAUGGAAGCCAACAGGGAUAUCUGAGUGCGAGGGUGCAUCUCCAUCGGAAGUUUCCUCUGUGAACUCAGGGGAAGAUGGGGACUCAGACACAGAAACAGAGGGAGACAGUGAGUCCUCCACAAGAGAGAGAGCCCGGCAGGUGCAGUUACCAUUCCCUGUAGACUGGAUAGUGAAUCUGAGCCGAAAUGACUUUCAGCAGCUGCUGAAGCAACACGUCUUUACCCGAGAACAACUGGAUAUUGUUCAUGACAUGAGGCGACGCAGCAAAAACCGCCUCGCAGCUCAGCGUUGCCGCAAAAGAAAACUAGACUGCAUAUAUAAUUUGCAGUGUGAAAUCAACAAGCUGAAGACAGAGAGGGAAAAACUGAUCAUGGAAAAGAGCCAGCUGAGCCAGCUGAAGGUGAAAACAUGUCACAGCGUCACAGUUCUAUGCCAGAGGGUCUGUAAUGAAGCAAAUCUGCAACCAGAGCAGCUGCAGGUGUUAACCAAAUACAUCUCCUCAGACUGCCCUUUGUCCUCUUUUUUUCCUCAAAGUGACACAUUUUUAUCACAGCAUGGAUUGCCACUCCAGCCACAUGCAUCUUUCACAGCAUGCUCUGGUAGUCUUGAUACGUAUGAGACAUCCGAGGAGGACGCAUCUGGCUCCAGCAGGGACACCCUCACAGGACAACAUUUUCUUUAGAUACACAUCCAGCACAUAUAACUGUUCCUUAAGGUUAUGAUGUCAGAUAAACUAUUAAACUGUA